GCUGAGUCAAUUCACACACUUCCUGCUCAGGGUUGGACAGCCACACUGAAACCGGGCUGGGGGUUCAGAAAGGAUCUGAAGUCCUGGCAGGGCCCAGGACAGGACCAUGGCCAGUGGGGGCAGUGAUCUCAGCACCAGGAUGUUUGCAAAACAAAACAGACUUAUGUGUGAGAUUGCCUUCAAACACUUCAAAGAACGUAAGGUUGAGAUUUCAGAUGCAAUAAAAACACCAUUUCCUUUCCUUGAGACCCUUCGUGACCGUGAAUUCAUCACCAAUAAAACAUAUAAAGAGUCUAAAAAAUCUUGUGAAAACCUGUUGGCCGUACCAAAAGUGGUGUAUGCAAUCCUCGAUAACAUGGAGGAAAUAUGUCACCUGCCACUUCUGGAAAUCUUGUUCAGCGAGUUCAUGACGAAGAACUACCCUGAUUUAAAUGGCAUUUGUGAAGGCUUCAGAGAUGCGAUCCUAAAGGAAAUUUGUGACCAAGCAAGUGUGAAAGAAGAGAGUGCAGAGAACCCUAUUACUCAACUAAGCCUUGAACGAGGAGCUGGUGAAAACUCAUAUCCAUUCCUGCCCUGGCUCUUCCCAGAUCAGUCCAAUUACAAAGGUACAGCUCCACCUGACAAUAGGCUCCCAGAGCACCCCACUAAAAGGAAAGACAUAAAAAUGGAAACAAAUAUAAUCAAUGACAACGAUGCACUGGAAAGCCAACAAGCAAAUGAACAACGUGCCCAAGUGUCUGAGCCAGCAGGAGUGGAGCUACCCCACCACAGAAUCCCAGUGAAUUCCUCCUGUUCACAUCUGAAGGACACAAUGAAGGAAAAGCCAUUUUUUAAUUCAGAAAGUGAAUGGAAAGCAAGGAGUGGUGGUAACCAGGAGUCUGACAUAAUAGAGAUCAGCAGCGAUGAGUCUGCAGAAUGCAGAGACAGAGAAAAGCCUCCUGAAGCUUCCACCUCAGCACUGAAAAGAAAACCAGGUUUCAUGGAUCUUGGAAACAACUCUGCUUUACAAAAACCUAAGAAAAUAGCAAAGGCAACACAGCAGCCAGGUGUGUGUGUGAAUUUUCGUGCUCAAAUACUUCGUGUGGCCUGUGGGGAGAUGAAGGGGCUGUUAAUUAGAAGGAAAUUGGAACGAGGAGCCACAAGGAAGUGCAUAAGAACUGAAGAUGGAAACUGGUUCACCCCCAGGGAAUUUGAAGUCAGAGGAGGCUACGAAAAAGCAAGUAACUGGAAGACCAGCCUGACCUGCGAUGGAAAAACCCUAAAACAGCUGAUGGAGCUUCGACUUCUACUUCCUCCUCCAAGAACAUUUUGCAAGAGAAAAAAGGAGGGAAACUCAGACAGAUGUGUGAUCUGCCAGGAUGGAGGAAAGCUCUUCAGGUGUGGUACUUGUUACAGAUUCUUUCAUGGGGACUGUCACCUCCCACCUGUGGACACUAAGAGGAAGAGCUGGAAUUGUACCUUCUGCAGAAUGGGAAACUCUUCGGGAUGUCAGCAGCGUUACAGAAAAUCUGAGAUCCUGGUGAAGCCGAUGGGGCCUGAGGAGAAGUCGAAAUGUGAGUUCCUCCUCUUCAAGGUCUAUUACCAUUUAGAAAAUAAUGUUUUUCCAAGUAUUCCACGUGAAAAUUAUGUGAGAAAGGCUUCUCGAUGUGUAUGGAAACUUAGGAAGUUGGACAUAAUCAAGAAGAAACUAAUUAAAGGAAACUACCCUCAAGUUGAAGAUUUUUUGUGGGCCAUGGAGAAUUUCUUUUGGGAUCCCAAGCAAAUACAUUUAUACUUAAAAAAAGAAGAAUUUAUGAAGGACUUCAAAGAAAUCUUUGCUAUUCAGGAGACAAAUUAGAACAGUUCACUGGUGCAGUAGAUGCUGUUGGAACUCUGAAAAUCCUGCCAUCAAGCAGAUUUCUUAUCCCCCUGCUUCUGUUAGGAUUGGCUGCAGAUGCCACCACUCCCUAGUAUAUUGCUUCAGGCCAGAUUCAUUUAACCAUUAUAUCUUUUUAACCUGGGGUUUUGUUCCCAGUCCCAAGGUUACACCAAUGAUACACAGUGAUUUAUGUUCCCAUGUCCCCAGGGACUCAAGCUAGAGCUAUUGUCCAGCUGUGAGCAUGUCCUUGCUUCAUUUUCCCCUCCAUGAAGGGGAAAGUAAGGGAUACUUACCCUCCUCCUCCUCAGAGAAUUCUCACAAUAAAUCACUUAUUUAAGAGA